UACGAAAAAAUUGGAACGAUACAGAGAAGAUUAGCAUGGCCCCUGCACAAGGAUGACACGCUUACCCAGAGUGGCAGCUCUACGGAGCUCAAUAUUUAUGCUCUUUUCCCCCAUUGUCCAUCAUUAAGUGGAUACCGACAGCAAGUAAUGUUCCUUGUCCGAGUCGGACUCUUGUGUAUGUAUUAA